AUGCAAAAAUAUUUUGAAAAAAUAUAUUUUACUGUUUUAUGUGAUAAUAUUCAUAUGGAAUCACCUAUAUUAUUUAAUAAAGAAAAAAUUAAUGGUAAAGGAUUAGCAGAAAAAAAUUUUUUUAUAAAAACAAAUAAAGAUAAUGAAUUGAAUGUGAUUUUAAAAAAUAAUGAAAAAAGAAUUAAUUGCCUUUUAAUUAUACUUAAUAAUGGAAGAAAACUUUUAGAUCAAAUAAAAAAUGAAAGAAAGACAAUAUUAAAAAUGAAUAAAAUUCCUGAUAAUUAUUUAUGGUUUAAAUCAAAUGUUAUACAUGAAGAAAUAACAUUUGAUAAAAAAAAUAUUAUAUAA